AUAACAUUGAGAGGGCACAGUAUUAGUAGCAGCCAGCUAAUUCCCUGCGACAUCGACUUCACACCAACCAGCCCCCUUCACACAACACCACAAAAAACACACUCACUCACUCCUCAGUACCAGUAUAAGUAACUAAGCACCGUCAUUUAUAAAAGGGCACCAUUCAUUACGUACACAUCACCACAAUAUCCCUCUCUUUUCCCUUAAUUCUCUCUCUAAACAUCACAAUGGAGUAUGGAAGGUUGGGACCCUCUGAUCCUGGUGGCUCCUCGCGCCUCAACAACGUUCCUCCGACAUCUUCCGGGAGGAAGAAGAUUGUCUUGCUUUCACUCUUUAGCGUCUUGUUAAUAGCCGCGUCUGCUGUAACUGCAGUUGUCGUCCGCUCUCGUAUUCAACAAAAUACGAGAGCCCAUGAGACUAGGCUCGGAAAGCCCACUCAAGCGAUUUCACGCACGUGCAGCAAGACACGCUUUAAGACCUUGUGUGUCAAAUCGCUUUUAGACUUUCCGGGAUCUGAAGAGGCGUCAGAGAAGGACCUCGUCCACAUUUCCUUCAACGUCACGCUGCAGCACUUCUCCAAGGCUCUGUACUCCUCCGCGGCCAUGUCCUACACCGCCAUGGAUCCCCGCGUCCGCGCCGCCUACGACGACUGCCUCGAGCUCCUCGACGACUCCGUCGACGCCCUCGCCCGCUCCCUCAACACAGUCUCCGUCGGUGCCGUCGGCUCCGCCAACGACGACGUGCUGACGUGGCUCAGCGCCGCCCUCACCAACCAGGACACCUGCGCGGAGGGUUUUACUGACGCCGUCGGCACAGUGAAGGACCAUAUGUCCAGCAACCUCAGGGACUUAUCCGAGCUCGUGAGCAAUUGUCUCGCGAUAUUCUCCGGCGCCGGUGCCGGCGACGACUUCGCCGGCGUCCCCAUUCAGAAUAGGAGGCGGUUAAUGGAAAUGCGAGAGGAUAAUUUCCCGACAUGGUUGAGUCGACGAGAUAGGAAAUUGCUGAUCUUGCCUCUGUCGCAGAUACAAGCAGAUAUUGUGGUUUCCAAAGACGGUAACGGAACCGUUAAGACCAUCGCCGAGGCCAUUAAGAAGGUGCCGGAAUAUAGUUCACGCCGCAUUAUUAUCUACGUCAGGGCAGGAAGGUAUGAAGAAGAGAAUUUAAAGUUGGGGAGGAAGAAAACAAAUGUGAUGUUCAUAGGGGACGGGAAGGGCAAAACCGUCAUCACGGGCGGAAGAAAUUAUUACCAGAAUCUGACCACAUUUCACACCGCGUCCUUCGCUGCUAGUGGUUCUGGUUUCAUCGCAAAAGACAUGACUUUCGAGAACUACGCCGGGCCGGGGAGGCACCAGGCGGUGGCCCUCCGCGUCGGAGCAGACCACGCGGUGGUGUACCGCUGCAACAUCAUCGGAUACCAGGACACAAUGUAUGUUCACUCGAACCGUCAAUUUUACCGAGAAUGCGACAUUUACGGAACCGUGGACUUCAUAUUCGGCAACGCCGCGGUGGUGUUCCAAAACUGCACCCUCUGGGCCCGAAAGCCCAUGGCCCAACAGAAGAACACCAUCACGGCCCAAAACCGAAAGGACCCGAAUCAGAACACGGGCAUUUCGAUCCACAAUUGUAGGAUCAUGGCCACGCCGGAUCUUGAAGCAUCCAAGGGUAGCUACCCCACUUAUCUGGGCCGUCCCUGGAAACUUUACGCUAGAACUGUUUACAUGCUAUCUUACAUAGGGGAUCACGUGCAUCCACGUGGGUGGCUCGAGUGGAACACUUCCUCCUUUGCUUUAGACACGUGUUAUUAUGGUGAAUACAUGAAUUAUGGGCCGGGUUCAGGUCUGGGCCAACGGGUUAAUUGGGCCGGGUAUCGGGUUAUCAAUUCGACGGUGGAAGCUUCUAGAUUUACGGUGGGCCAAUUCAUAUCGGGCUCGUCAUGGUUGCCCUCUACUGGAGUGGCAUUCAUUGCUGGCUUAUCAACCUGAGUUAUUCCAAUGUCUCUGUAGACACUUUUCAAAAUCUUCCUUCAUAGUUUAAACCAAAUCAAUUUGCCAAAUGUACUAAACUACAAUAUAGUUUUUUUUUUAACCCAAUGAUGAUGGUGAUAAUAAGGAAUGUAUGUAAACAAUGUUCAGUGUCAUAUAUAGUUCUUUAUUUUUGGCUUGCCUCACUCCACGUUAGAGUUGUUGUAGUUGUCUAGCUAGUUAGUAGCAUUUUCAUUUCACCGACAGAAAAUAAUGCUAGUAUCAUAAUGUAUGCAUAUUGACUUUGGGUGGCCACUUGUUCAGUGCAUCUUGGUUAUGUGA